UUCAAACUGUCAGACGUCAGUAGUCAGUAAUCAGUAUAUUAUUCUUUUCUGCGGUUUGUACUAACUACUAAUUGUAAUUUUUAGUUAAACAAAAUUGUUUAACUUUGAAUAUCAAAAUAUGAAUAAAAAUAAUGACUCAUAAUAGUUUAAGUAAGGCACUGUAUAUUUUGUAGUGCCCUAGUUAAAAUUUAGAAUCUUAGUAAUUACCAAAUAAGUUUAGAGUGUUGUAGUGUACUAUUUUCUUGUUGCAUAAAAUGUUAUUUAAUUCCAUUUCUCCUAAAUUCUAAAAUUUAGAGUGUAUGGAAAAUAAAUUGAAUUUUUCAUCGAAGUAAUUAUUUGUAUUUGAUUUCAUUAGUGGAAAAAAUACAAUCUCAGGAACUUAAGGGUCCAAACUGACUACCUGAUUUAAACGGUUGGAAACUGCUACCAGGUUUUUAUUUUAUAUAGAGGUGGAUUGUGGUAAACAGAUAGUGACAUAUUUUCCUAGCCAGUCAGUUCCCCUAGUUUGCUAGCUACGGAAUCUAUUUUAUUAGGAGAAAUAUGAAGACUGUCCGGCAACAUCUGAUCGCCUAAUUGGACCCUUUAGUGUCCGCACCCGGAUGCUUUUUAGUCUCAAAAUCUGAACCCAUGAACACGACUUACGCUACCGUGCUUUAAAAAGUUUCACAUUGAUAACAAGUAUUUAAGUUUGAAACUAAGUUUUUAUAAUGACUGAAUCAAGGAUUUUAAGCAAGCUGUCUUAUGGAUUUAUCUAGUGUUGAAUAUUACGCUAUUUUGUGUGUCUUAAUUGUUCCAGUCUAUUAUUUUUUUCAACUUUGGGCAUGGCUAGGAUGGCAAUUGUUUAAGAAUAAUUGAUUGUCAAAAAUAAAAUAAAUAAAAAUCAAGCACAAUGUCUACUAUAUGCAGUUCAAGAGUUCUAAAUAUUUUAAGUGAAGAAAAAGACACUUCAAGUUUAUUUGAAAAAAGAAAUUCUGUGUAUCCUGUUAWUGACCGAUCAGAUAUUGUCGACAGAGAAAAAAAUAUCCCAAACAUAUUUAUUACACCAGAAUGUAAUCAAUUAGAUGGUGUUACAUAUCCAUCGAGUGUAACAAAUAGAGAAAAAGCUAUUCCCAACAUAUUUAAUUUCAAUGCAUCUCAAGAGGACUCUAAAAAUUCUUUCAAUAAUACAGAUAAAUUCAUCUAUCCUAAUUUAUUUACCUUGGACAAGAUAUAUUCAGAAUCUCACGGUUACAAAAGUGAUAUCUGGGAAAAAUAUCGUAAUURUACAAGUGUAUUUAGUCUAUCAGAUUUUCAGUACACUGAUUGUACACAACAUUUAGAAAUUAAUAAUAGGGAUAAUUCAAAAAAAGAAGAAACACAUGCAGAUGAUAAAUUUACACAUGAGUCUAAGGAAAUAUUGAAUAGCAAUGAUUUGGAAGUAAAAGAAUCAAAAACAAUUGAACAAUGUUCUAUUGCAGGAAAAGAAAAGAUUAGUUCUGCUCUAUGUUUUUGGUAUAUUGCUACAGGAAUAAAUGUAAGAGAUCAUAACUUAAAAGCAUAUUUUCCUCAAAGAGAAAUUAGUAGCAUAUGUAUCAUGCAAGAUAUUAAACUAAUGUUGAUCAAUAUGGGCACAACUUAUUUUCUUGUAGACGAAGAAACACUUAUGUACAAACAGAAUGGAAACAUUAGUAUUAGUGGUUUAACACCAGAAAUGUUUGAGUCUGCCAUUGAUCCAAUUUUGGAGUGUUCUAAUUUAUACAAAAUAAUCAGUAGCACAAUAAUCAAAUGGAAGGAAAUGUGUGGCAAUAGUAUAAUAAAAGCGUUCAUAUUUUCUGUAUCUAAUAUUUUGGAUGAUUAUGAACGAUCAAUUUAUGCUGUAUCAAAUGAAUCAUUGUUGUCACUUGUUGGUCGUUUAUCUGUUAUAACUCCUCGCUUACAGUUAUUAGCAAAUUUAUGUUGUAUCAAAACACAGGGUUGCAUGGUCAUUCCAAAUCAUAUACCAUGUGGUAUAAAAAUGCUGAACAAACUUCAUGGUUAUUUAUUGGAAUAUCGAUUCCCAAGUGAUUUAUUUCUGAAGAUGUUGUUAUACAUUUUUCAAUCCUGUUGCUUAGCAUAUUUCAAAUUUUUAUCAAAUUGGGCAUUAAAAGGGAUAUUAAAAAAUGAAGAAACUGGCAUGUUCAUUCAAGUAAAACCAGAUAUUGACGAUGAAGAAACUGAUAGCCGUAUAAAUUGGAAUCGUUUUAUAAUAGAUGAGAGUAUAGAAGUUCCAUUAUUUUUAAAUAAAUAUAAAACUGAUAUUUUACAUUGUGGUAAAACUAUUAAUUUCUUCAAAAAAUUUAACGAUUUAAAUGAGUUUUUACCCAAUUUAAUUUGUUGUUUCGAUGCUGUUGAUUCUCAGAAGGCUUAUGAACAAUUUUCAACUUACUUUAAGUAUGACCCUGGUUUACAAAAUAUAAAUGGUGUAAAAAGAAUGUUAAACUGUUAUCUAUAUGAAUCAAUUGUUGGCCCUGAUUAUUCAAAAGACAAUACUGAUAGUUAUCGUAAUAAAAUUGAAAAUAUAACCAACUUAAUGGACAGUAAAAUAUAUUCCAACAAUGAAAGUUAUGAAUUGUUUCAAAUACCUAAUUGGACUUCAGUUAAUAAUAUAUAUGACUUUAAUAAGCCUUAUGGAUUUUUUUUGGAUUAUAAUGAUUCAUUAAUGUAUAACAGCAAAAUAUUUGAUGUUGUUAAUAUGAUAGACUAUAUACCACAUUCAAUACUAAUACCCGCUCGCAUACAAAAGAGUGUUUGUGAUAAACAAAUAUUGGACAUGUACUUUGCCCAAAAAAAUUUAAUGGAACAUCUAUAUUACUUAUCCCAGUGUUUCUUUUUGAUGAAUUGGACAUUUUCAUCUAAAAUGUGUAAUACACUAUUUGAUGGUAUUCUGGCAAACAGACAACAACCUACUAACAUCUUCAAUCCUGUCAAGUUAAAAUCCAUUGUAGAUGAUGCUAUUCAAGAUAGUUUUCCAAGACAUGAACUACAUGAAUUGAAAUUAGAGAUGACUUUUAUCCCAUCUUUAAAUGGAUUUAUUGAUAUUUCAGACGUGGAAUGUAUAGAAUUAAAUUAUUCACCUGAGUGGCCAAUGAAUAUGAUUCUGUCUAACAAAAUAUUAUUGAAGUAUAGAAGAAUAUUCUUGUUUGCCAAUAAACUAGAAUUUGUUUCAUGGAGUUUAUUAAAAGCCAGGGAAAUAUUGAAUAUAUAUAAAAAUGAUACAGGAUUACAAUUUAGAAAGAUUAAUCUUUUUAAACAUUGGAUGAAUCAAUUUGUAUCAUCUAUUCAGCAGUAUUAUAAGCAAGUGGUAAUUAGCACAUGCUGGUCAGAAUUAAAUGAUAACUUUGAAAAUGUAAAAAAUUAUGAUGAUUUAUUUAAGUAUCACAAACAAUACAUGCAUAAAAUGAUAAAGCGGUUUGUAUGA